ACAGUCAUACGUGAACCAUGUCUGUUGCUACUCUCGUGAAAAUGAAGUUUAUGGUUAUUUUGAUUUGUGUGAUAGUUGGCACGUAUGGUAAAACAACUGAGAAACCUAAACCUAAGCCACAUCACUCCAAUACAACCUGCACUGGGGUUCAUGUGCAUGGAAAACUGCACAAGAGACACAUUAUUAUGAACGGAAUCAACCGUCCAUACCAGCUGGCCAUAUACAAUCACAAACAUCAAAUAUUCUUCAGCUUUAAUCAAGGAGAUGACACCCAGGACACGUUCGGGAUUGCUUACGUGAAGAUAAACGACACGAUGCCUACUGAAAUAAAAGGAGUAACAAAUGGUUUCGCCGUCAUCGUCGACGAACAUAACAAAACAGCGUAUUUCGGAGGCAGUGAAGGCAUCUACGCUGAUAAUCUCGAGACACCCGGGAACUUGAAGCACAUUGUCAAAAAUCAUGACAUUUGGGAUCUACAAUACUAUGAUCACCACUUGUACUUCAUACAGUACCCGUCACAACACCUGCACAAAUACGAUUUCAAAACGAAAAAUGUCUCACUUCACCAACACAUUCACGAAAAAAUAUUCCAAUUCGCGAUUGAUGGAGAAGGUGACACAUUCAUAACGACCAAGAAUGGCUUGUUUGAGAUAAAGAAGGGGAAAACCGACCGCAUCCCAUACCAAGGACCGAAAGAGUUCCGGGCCAUUGAAGUAAACCACAAAGGCGUCGCACACUUCUGUGCUAAAAGUUCCAUCUACGUAGCGCACAAGGAGAACCACACGUUGACCGAAAUAGCUACCAUCAAGAAUAUAUUCGGGUUAACUUUUGAUAAUUCAGACAAUAUGAUUUAUUCAAACCCCCAUCAAAUUGUGAAACUCUUACCUCAUGACUGUAAGUAAACUUUACGGGUGUUAGGUAUACUAACUUUAAUUAUAUAGUUUUUAUUUUCUUAAUAUCUAAUCUGAUUAUGUUGUUUAAUAUUUCUUUCAUAAAGUUAAUUAUAGCUAUUUUAUGGGUGCAUAGACUUCUAGUAUCAUCUCUUACUCAUCCACAUAGAGUACUCUCUCUAAUCCAAAGUGAAACAUUUACAUAGUAGUUUUAAUACCCUUAGCAACCACUUCAGAACUAAACUAUUGUUACUCCACAACAAAAUGCACGAGGUACCAGGAUAGCAGUGUAUUUAAGAGAUAUUACUCGUACAACAUGGUAAGUACAUCAAUAGAAAAGGACAAUAAAUUUUAUCUCGCUCUCGCAAUAGAGGGUCGCACCCUCUGUGAUUUUCCCCAACCCUCUGUACACGCGGUCCAAUCCUUACGUUGCCCGGGUAAACACAAAGCGCUUAAAAUAUUUGGGGCAAACUUUAAAAUUAAUAUUAGCAACAAACAAUUGCUGUACCUACAAUAUUUUUUGUUACGUUAACGUAUUUGUAGCCUAUUUUAUUUUAAUUAGAAGUCGGUACUGCAAUUAAAUCGGUUGAAAGUUUCACCAAUCGAAUAUGUACCGAAAACUAAAAACAAUAUCUUGUAACGUUAUGCCACCCUGGUGUUGUGGACGUCGUAUCUAUUGAACAGUCACCGAUAACAUACAAAUUUUAACGCGACUUGUUGAAACGUGUGUUAGCAUGAAAGUAGAAUAAUUUUGUUUCAUUUGUUAUUACUAAAAUCCUAUAAAUAAACCCCUAUGUGUAAAUAAUGCCUGAAAAUCUAUUGUAUUCUAUACAUUUAGAUGAGUUAUUAACACGUUUAGCAAUAAAAU